GGAAUGGAUGACAGGGAAACAAACAAAACUACAGCUUCUGAAAAAGUGGCAUUUAACAACAUGACAGGCUAUCUACCUUCCCACAAUGGCGUGAGAAUAGAUCAUAAUAAAUGCAGAUAUCCCCACUGCAUUGUUUGGACACCUAUUCCUUGUUUAACGUGGCUGUUUCCAUUUAUUGGGCAUAUGGGCAUUGCUACUUCAGCAGGAGUCAUAAGGGAUUUUGCUGGACCAUACUUUGUUUCGGAAGAUGAUAUGGCUUUUGGAAGACCGACUAAAUACUGGCAGCUGGAUCUAAACAAUGUUCCCAAAGGCAAGGAGAAGUGGGACAAGUCUGUGGCAGAAGCUUCAGAGGAAUACAAACACAGAAUGCAUAAUUUGUGUUGUGAUAAUUGCCACUCUCACGUUGCCAUGGCAUUGAACUUAAUGAACUACAAUAGCAAGUCCAACUAUAACAUGGUGGUUCUAUGUUUGCUGAUGCUCAUCCAUGGGAAAUAUGUCAGUGUGUGUGGAUUCCUGAAAACAUGGUUACCUUUCCUGAUCAUGGCAUCCAUAAUAACAAUUGUUUGUGUGCUAACUUUACAUGUGUGAAGGAGGAGGAAGUCUAUGAUACAUGUAGUUAAGAUCUUUUUAACCACCAUUUAUUUUUAUUAAGUUGGCUUUUGACAUUAAAGAAAUCCCUAUGACUUAUUAUACUUUUGUUAAGUAAUUCUGUUGGUGAUAUUUGUAGUGUAACUAUUGUGUUGUACUAUCAGACCACCAAAAAUUCACACAUACACUCAACAAAGUUACAGUAACCUUCAGAAUGAUUUGUAUUCAGAUUAGAAUGCUUCCAUUUAUCACGAGUGCAUUGCAGAUUCUGUGAAGCAAAAAUAUUUUGGAUGGACUUUUCGGAAAGUAUGUAGAGUAAGCUUGAUAACAGAACUACUUUUCAAUAAUAACAUGUAAUUAAUUUGAAAAUUUUUAAUGUUAUUUUUUUUUUCAAAGAAAAUUGAGAAAAGGCAUUUCCUAAAAUGUUAUUAGGAGUAGUUUUCAAAAAAAAAAUAUAAAUAGAUAUAUAUAUUUACUAGUUAUACUGUAUGUGUACUUAAAAAAGCGAGCGUCAUAUUUUAACAGCUUUGGUGCAGACACCGAUGCACUAAUUCAUGAAUACUGCUAAGAAAUCAUUUAUAAAUACAGGAUACAGUACGGACCUGUAUAGCUCUUAUUUAUGAUUUCGCCAACUCCAUACCCAGUGACUGCGCUAAAUUUUGAAUAUGCCAAUUUAUGUACAUGUACAGCAUCAUUGUAAUAAUUCGACUGCAAUUUAAAAAUGCAUUCUGAUCAAAAUUAGUGGUUUAGAGUACUUUUUUAGUCCAUUACUGAAUGAAAAAAUACAACUAUAUUGCAUACUAUCUGGAUGAAAUAUAUUGUAUUUUGCUAGCUCAAUAUGGAACAUAAAUUUAGCAAUAUAGCUCUAUUUUCAGUGAGAAAGUUUUUUUUUUCUGAAAUGAAAAGGUUAAACCUGGUAUAAAUAUGUAGAGGGGUUCUGUUAAGUGUUUCAUGUUCCAUAUGGAGUAAUAUAGUUUCAGACUUGCAGAAAAAGGAAAGUUAACUUGAUAUAUAUAUACUGAAAAUUUAUUAGUUAUUUUAGAUUUGAAAUGCUUAAAUUGUUAGAAAACAGCUAUUUUUGUUCUUUUUUGAAAGCACAUUGUAAUAUAUGCACAUUAAAUUUUCAUUACAGAAUCCAUGUACUUUUUCUUUCAAGAAAGGAAGUUGAAGUAUAUGCAUUUUGAUUCAUCUUGCAUCUUCUUAGAUUAAAAUCUAGAUGUACAUCAUCUGUCACAUUACACAGUAAAUAGAACAAAAUGGCACCAUGUUGACUUUGUCAAUAAUUAUUAUGUAUUUGUUGUUUUGCUAAAACUAUAAACUCAUUAUUUUCCAAAGAGUUUUCAAGACAAAGUUUUAUUCAUCAUUAUGUGAAUAUGAAUACAUAGUAUUACCUUUAUCAUUGUUAACUUUGUAUAUAUACUUGUUAUGUAGUGGUACAUACAGACACAUUUAAGCAGUCUGUUUUCUUUGUACAGGUAUUUAAAUAGUGUCAAUUAUUGUUGAAAAUUUAAAAAAAAAAAUGGAAUAAAUUAAUCAAUUUUGCACAA